CAGUUCCCUCGGUGUUUAUAGUAGCCACAUGGAUCUGGAAGAGUAGUGGAAGGUAUAAGGAGGUUCCGAAUGGAUCACUUCGAGAAGGAUUUAGUUGAUGCGCUUAAAGACGUUGUCGAGGCUGGAAACUGGCAGUGUGUGGGAGACAAGUCGAAAUUUAAGUCACCAUGCACGAAGUUUUACUCUGAUGAUGGAGAGCAUAUAGUCCUGGUGCAUACAAAGAAUGAUCAAUUCUGGGCUAUGGAUUCAUCUUGCCCACACGAAGGAGGCCCACUUGAGCAGGGUGAUAUUGAGGAUCUGGGCAAUGGGAAACUGGCACUGAUUUGCCCAUGGCAUUACUUUGAUUUCAGCCUUGAAACUGGUUCCUCUUCCACUGGACUGCAGAACCAAGUGUAUGAUGUCCGUGUACUGGAUGGAAAAGUGUAUAUAAAUACCCAGAGCACACUGUCCCUUUGUCCCAUCCCAGCGACAAAAAUAACCCACCAAGAUAGUUUGCCUGUGGAAAUAACUUCCUCAGAAAACACACUUUGCAUGUGGGCCACCAAAAUCCUUCACACCGCAGACCCACAGGAAAAGGUUUCAUUGACCAAGAUAGUGCAAGAGAACUGGGACAGCGGGAAAAUAACAGAGACUGGGGAGGCCAGCCCUCCCGCGCAGCCUAACAGAAAAGACAGUCUGACUGUCGUGGAGCCUGGAAAAAUCAAACGGGGCAAGGGUGGCACACUGGCGAGUAGGAUUGCUUUACUGCACUCUCUUGCUAAUAUAGAGCAGUGGGCAAUAGACCUGUCCUGGGAUGUGAUAGCAAGAUUCUCCACAUUUAGAUUGAGCAAUGGUGAGCCAUUGCCUCGCCAGUUCUUUGAUGACUUUGUCAAAGUAGCAGGAGAUGAAGCCAAGCAUUAUCAGUUACUAGAGCAAAGGAUUAUGGAGCUUGGCAGCUUCUUUGGUGCAUUACCAGUACACAACGGUUUGUGGCAAUCGGCAACAGAUACGUCUCAUGACCUUUUGGCGAGGCUAGCUAUAGUGCACAUGGUCCACGAGGCCAGAGGUUUGGAUGUGCACCCUCAGACUCUGUCCCGCUUCGCUGCGCAGGGAGACACAAGCUCAGUGAAGGUGUUGGAGGUGAUAUAUGCUGAUGAGAUCACACAUGUGGCUGCAGGGCUGAGAUGGUUCACAUACAUCUGCUCAAAAGAAGGACGGGAUUCCUUAAAAACAUUCCAUGAAUUGGUGAAGUUGCAUUUCAAAGGGUUUUUGAAGCCUCCAUUCAACACAGAGGGAAGGAGGACAGCAGGGAUGACAGAAGAGUGGUAUGUUCCUCUUGUCAAGCCCUCCAGCAGCUUACAGAAGACCUCCUGAUUGGAUUUAUUUUGAUUCAAAAAGAGGAAACCUGUUUUGCAUUCUGUAAAAAGGACUUUUAAUGUAGAGUGUGCUUGCUUGCAUGGUCGUCAGAUGAACCCUAAGGGUAAAGAAAUCACAGAAUGGAUUUGUGAAUCCAGGAAUAUUUGCAUUAAUUUUUUCCCCCUCAAUAACCACUAUUUAAUGUUUUCUUUAAUUCUUGUGUAAGAAAUGAAAUGUAAUCAA